GCCGUUUGGAGAUGGAUAGUUUACCGUGUAGACAUCAAUUUACGGUAUAGGCUUGAGACAAAGCGUAGGGUAAAAAUAAUAUUUUUUCUGCAAGAUCAAUUAUUCAAUUGCCAAUUGGACAAUAAAAUAACAAAAUAGUGCGUUUGACAAUUAAUUAAUUUCAGUCAUUUAUCGACAGUGGUGUUAAUUCAUAGCUGUAAUCUUGACAGACGUUUUAUACUUGUGAAAAUUUCUGUUGCCGACGCAAUUUUGUAUUUUUAUUACAAUUUUAUUGCAGUUACAUAAAAAGACUUUCUGCAAACAUGAGUAAUACAGUAGAAAAUGGAAGUGGUGAUAAUGUAUCAAAGAAAAAAACUAUUGAAGGUAUAUAUCAAAAAAAAUCUCAGUUGGAACAUAUUUUACUACGUCCCGAUACUUAUAUUGGUUCUGUUGAACCAAUGACGGAAAUGAUGUGGAUUUAUGAUAAAGAAAAAGAAUCAAUGGUACAAAAAGAAAUAAAAUAUGUUCCGGGAUUGUACAAAAUAUUUGAUGAAAUAUUAGUAAAUGCGGCAGAUAAUAAACAGAGGGAUCCUAAAAUGGAUACAAUUAAAAUUGAAAUUGAUCCAAAAAAUAAUGUUAUAUCUGUAUGGAAUAAUGGUAAAGGCAUUCCAGUGGUAAUUCAUAAAGAGGAAAAUAUGUAUGUUCCUACAAUGAUAUUUGGCCAUUUGUUAACAUCGUCUAAUUAUGAUGAUGAAGAAGAGAAAGUAACAGGUGGUAGAAAUGGCUAUGGUGCCAAAUUGUGUAAUAUUUUUAGCCACCGCUUUACUGUGGAAACCGCAUCUAAGGAAUACAAAAAAUGUUUAAAACAAACGUGGAAUAAUAAUAUGGGAAUUGCAAGUGAGCCUAGGAUUAAAGACUUUUCUGGCGAAGAUUUUACAAAAGUCAUAUUUUCACCAGAUCUAUCAAAAUUUAAAAUGCAGUCUUUGGAUGAUGACAUAGUUGCUCUAAUGUCUAGAAGAGCUUAUGAUGUAGCAGCUUCAACUAGAGGUGUUAAAGUCUAUCUUAAUGGUACUAAGAUUCCUGUCAAGAAUUUCAAGGACUAUGUUGAUUUCUAUAUCAAAGGUAGGGAAGAUGAAGGUGGUAAUCCUUUAAAAGUUGUAUAUGAAAGUUGUGGAGCUCGCUGGGAAGUAGCCGUUGCUUUAUCUGACAAAGGUUACCAGCAUAUGUCUUUUGUAAACAGUAUUGCAACAACAAAGGGUGGCCGACAUGUAGAUCAUGUCACAGAAUUAAUAGUGAAACAAUUAACAGAAACAUUAAAAAAGAAAAAUAAGGCUGGAGUAGCAAUUAAACCAUUCCAAAUAAAAAAUCAUUUGUGGAUUUUUGUUAAUUGUCUUAUUAAUAAUCCCACAUUUGAUUCACAAACUAAAGAGAAUAUGACAUUGCAACCUAAAAGUUUUGGAUCAAAGUGCACACUUAGUGAAAAAUUUAUUACAGCUGUAACGAAAAUCGGAAUUGUAGAAGCAGUUUUGACAUGGGCGAAAUUUAAAGCUGAUAGUCAGUUACAAAAAUUGGGCCCCAAGUCAAAACAAAGAAAAUUGCAAGGUAUACCAAAAUUGGAAGAUGCUAAUGAUGCUGGAACUAACAAAUCAUUAGAAUGUACACUUAUAUUAACUGAGGGAGAUUCAGCCAAAACCAUGGCUGUAUCUGGACUUGCGGCGAUAGGUAGAGAUAAAUAUGGUAUAUUUCCUUUAAGAGGUAAAAUUUUGAACGUAAGAGAAGCAACACAUAAGCAGAUUUUGGAAAAUGCAGAAAUUAAUAAUUUAAUAAAAAUUCUUGGGCUCCAGUAUAAAAAGAAAUAUGAAACUCGAGAAGAUUUAAAAACAUUACGUUAUGGAAAAAUGAUGAUAAUGACUGAUCAGGAUCAGGAUGGUUCACAUAUCAAAGGCUUAUUAAUUAAUUUUAUUCAUCAUAAUUGGCCGUCAUUAUUGAAAUUAAAUUUCGUAGAGGAAUUUAUUACACCUAUUGUUAAAGCUUCAAAAGGAAAUCAAAUAUUAAGUUUCUUUUCAAUGCCAGAAUUCCAAAAAUGGAAGUCAGAAACGGAAAAUUUUCAUACCUACAAAAUUAAGUACUACAAAGGUUUGGGUACUUCCACUGCUAAGGAAGCAAAAGAAUAUUUUGAAAAUAUGACUAGACAUAGAAUUCGAUUUAGAUAUGAUGGAGAUCAAGAUGAUCAGAACAUCAUCAUGGCUUUCAGUAAGAAAUGUGUUGAUCAACGUAAAGAUUGGUUAAUGAACCAUAUGGAUGAAACAAAGAGAAGAAAGGAAAUUGGUCUCGGAGAACGCUUUCUGUACGAAAAGGAUACACGGACUGUGUCCUUUUCUGAUUUCAUUAAUGUAGAAUUGGUUUUAUACAGUAACUAUGACAAUGUUCGGUCUAUACCAAAUAUGAUCGAUGGUUUUAAACCUGGACAAAGGAAAGUAUUAUAUACAUGUUUAAAACGUAAUGACAAACGUGAAGUAAAAGUUGCACAAUUAGCUGGUUCUGUAGCUGAACAUUCAGCAUAUCAUCAUGGUGAAGUUUCUCUUAUGUCAACUAUCAUUAACCUCGCACAAAAUUUCGUAGGAAGUAAUAAUAUAAAUUUACUACAACCAAUUGGUCAAUUUGGUACGAGACUCGCCGGAGGAAAGGAUGCGGCGAGUCCUCGUUACAUUUUCACAAUGCUCAGUCCAUUAGCAAGAUAUAUAUUUCACAAACAUGAUGAUCCUUUAUUAAAACAUGAAUAUGAUGAUAAUCAAAAAAUUGAGCCUGUCUUUUAUGUACCAACUAUACCAAUGGUAUUAGUGAAUGGUGCCGAUGGUAUUGGUACUGGAUGGAUGACAAAGAUACCAAAUUAUAAUCCUAGAGAAAUAAUUGAAAAUUUAUAUAGAAUGAUGGAUGGUGCUGAUCCAAAACCAAUGGUACCAUAUUAUAAAAACUUUAAAGGGGUCAUAGAAAGUUGUGGAGAUUAUAGAUAUGUUAUUAAUGGAGAAAUCUCAGUGAUAGCACCAGAUAAAGUUGAAAUUACUGAACUUCCAGUUGGGACUUGGACUCAAACAUAUAAAGAAACAGUAUUGGAACCAAUGUUACAUGGAACUGAGAAAAUCCCAGCUAUUAUUACUGAUUACAAGGAAUAUAAUACAGAUACAGCAGUACACUUUAUAAUAAUGAUAAAUCGUGAUAAGUUAGUAGAACUAGAAAGAGAUGGUCUUCAUAAAGCAUUUAAAUUGCAAACAACAACAACCGUUACAUCUAUGUGUGCUUUUGAUGAGAAUCUAUGUCUACAAAAAUAUGAUAGUGUUCUUCAGAUUUUAAAAGGUUUCUAUAAAGUAAGGUUAGAAACGUAUCAUAAAAGAAAAGAAUAUUUGGAAGGUAUAUUACAAGCAGAGGCAUCUAAACUUUCAAAUCAAGCACGAUUCAUUCUAGAAAAAUGUGAUGGUACUAUAGUAAUAGAAAAUAAAAAAAGGAAAGAUAUGAUUGCUGAAUUAAUUAGGCGAGAAUAUGAAUCUGAUCCAGUCUUGGCUUGGAAGUUAUCACAAAACAGGGAAGAAGUUUUAGAAGAAGUAGCAGAAAAUGUUGAUGAAGAAUCAGCUACAUCAUCUACAGCUAUUGGAAAAGAGAACUUCGAUUAUUUACUAGGAAUGACAUUGUGGUGUUUAACGAAGGAAAAGAAAGAUGAACUAUUACGCCAAAAAGACGAUAAAUUAGCAGAAUUGAAAAGGUUACAAGCUCGUACACCUAUUUCUUUAUGGAAAGAGGAUUUAGAUAACUUGUUGAAUGAAUUGAAUAGAUUAGAAGAAAAAGAACGAAAAGAAGAGCAGAAGUCUAAACAAUGUAUUAAAAAACCACCCUCAAAGUAUUACACUUCUGAUGAUAUUCGUCGAAUAGUACCCAUAAUUGAUACUGAAUUAAAAAGAAAGAUUGAAAAAGCAGAAAUUGUAUCUAAGGAUAAAAAGGAGGGCAUAAAGAAACAUCAAAGGGUAAAAAAAGAACCAAUAGAAGAUAAAGAUGAAUUUGACAUGUUGAUUGAAUCAAAUGCCAAACCUAUAGACGAUAGAUUGGGCAAUUCUCCAGAAAAGAUAGAAAAAAAAGCUGGUGGCAAAAAAAGAUUGAAACAAACAACAUUACAAUUUAAGUCCAAAGUGAAAAAAGAGAAAGACGACAAGAAGAAAGAUAAAGAUUCUGAUAGUAAUGAUGAUAUUGAUUUCGGCAGUAUUUCUCCUCCUCCAGCACCUCGUACAUCUCGUAGAGCAGCAGCAGCUAAAAAGAAUUACAACUAUAGUAGUGCAGAAUCUUCUUCUAGUGAUGAAAUACUCAGUGUUUCUUCAGACAUGGAGCAUAAAACAAAACCUACUACAGCUGUCAUUAAUAGCGAUUCUGAUGAUAUUCUCAAAAUACAUAAGAAACCUAGUUCGGAAGAACUUUUUGAUUCAUUAGUUGGUAGUACUCCAGAAAAACAAUCAACAAAAGCUCCUGCAGCAUCUAGCGAAGAAUCACCUUCAAUAUUCUCACCUCCGAUGAAAGCUCCGGCUAAAAAGAAAACUGAAAAUGGUGGAAAGGCAAUGAAAAGGCAGUUAAAGAAAAAAGUUGUUUCUUCCGAUUCAGACUCGGAGGAAGUUAUGUUUUCAAAUAAACAAACUCCCGUAAAGAAAAGAAAGAAGAAGUCUGAGUCGGAGGAAGAAAGUAUUCUUAGUGUAGUAGAUAGUUCUCCGGUACCACCUCGAAAAACUGCCGGUCGUGCUCGUAAACCUGUUUCAUACGCAGUUUCGGAUGAUGAUGAGGAUGAUUCCAACUGAUCGAUUUUGUACAAUAUUUUAAAGGCAUAAGCAAAUAAACACGAUCUUAAUCACGAUCUGUGUGAUCACAUUUGAUAUAAAUUUUAACAGAUUUUGCCUUCAUUAAGAUCAAGGCAAUACAAUAAUUUUAUAUGAUAUUGUACAUACAUAUACUAGAAUAUAUAAAUUAGAAUAUUUUAAGAAAAUUACAUUUUACAGUGAUAAUUAAAUAAUAUAUGCAUAGUGUGCAAUGCGAUAAUACAUUUGAGUCAUGACUGACUGUAUAACAUUUGAGUAUCUAAAUAUUUAAAUAAUAUUCAAUUUUAAAAUAUCUAUACUAUCUCUGUAUGUUAAUUUUCUGGAGAAAGAUAUUUAAAUACUCAUUGUUUUGUAAAAAAAAUUAAUAAAAUAU